AUGAUGCACAAACAUUGCUUUGAAGCUUUGGAUAGAAGUUUGCGUGAUAUAUUGUGUUUCAAUAACCCACAAGGGCUAUACGUACCUUUUGGAGGAAAAACAGUUGUGUUUGGUGGAGACUUCAGACAAAUUUUACCAGUUAUACCAAAAGGAACUAGGCAAGAUAUUGUGCAUGCAACAAUAAAUGCAUCUUACCUAUGGAGGUAUUGUAAAGUCCUACGCUUGACAAAGAAUAUGAGACUCCAAAACUCAUCCUCAAAUAAUGAUUAUGCACAACUGAAACAUUUUUCUGAAUGGAUUGCAAAAAUAGGAGAUGGCAAAAUUGAGGGGCAAACAGAUGAAUGUGAAUACAUAGAGAUACCUGGACAAAUACUCUUACAGUAUUCUACAGAUCCCAUUAAAGCAAUUGUGGAAAGCACGUAUCCAUCAUUCUCAAGUAUAAUUGAUGAUCCAUCGUACUUACAAAAAAGGGCGAUAUUGACACCAACACUUGACGUGGUACAUUCUAUAAAUGAAUAUAUCAGUUCUUUAAACACGUCUGAUGGAAUUACAUAUUUGAGUUGUGAUAGUACUUGCAAAUCUGAUUCUAAUGUUGAUAUGUUAGCUGAUGUUCACACUCCAGAAUUUUUAAAUGGAAUCAACUGUUCAGGUGUACCCAAUCAUGCAUUGACAUUGAAAGUUGGCACUCCAGUUAUGCUAUUAAGAAAUAUUGACCACUCAAUUGGUUUAUGUAAUGGCACAAGAAUGGUAAUUACUAAACUUGGAAAUCAUGUUCUAGAAGCAAGGAUAUUGUCCGGAAGCAGUGCAGGUGAGAAAGUACUCAUACCAAGAAUGUCACUUACUCCAUCAGACUUGAGGUUGCCGUUUAAAUUUCAAAGAAGACAAUUUCCAUUAAUUGUCUCAUAUGCAAUGACAAUUAAUAAGAGUCAAGGACAAUCACUUUCUCAUGUAGGCCUAUUCUUGAAAAAAUCUGUCUUUAGUCAUGGACAAUUAUAUGUUGCAGUUUCUAGGGUCACUACUCCAGAAGGGCUGAAAAUAUUGAUUUGUGACAGUGAAAGCACCAGAAAAACUUCAACAGCAAACAUUGUAUACAAGGAAGUUUUUCAAAAUUUUUAA